CAAACUGCUUGAAGUAAGUUAAGUUGAAACGCGUGGGAGUGACAGCCUUCCGCGUUUAGCCUCAAAAUUUCAUGCAGUUUUGAGUUAAUGCAUCUUUAAAUGUCUACUGCAAUGUCCACAUCGAUGGGCGAGAAGCAAGUGUGCGAUACAAAGUCUUCGAAUGGUGGGAAUAUGGACUCAUUGCCUUACAACUUGAAUAAACCCCAGAAUGACCAGCUUAUAACCCAACCUAAACCUGUGUCAGUCAGCUUAUCCAAACUGGCUGAACUGAUCAGUCGCAUUGAGUACAAACCAAAACACCAUCAGUCUUCCAUCUGUAAAGAUUGCGGCCAAUCGUUCCCCAACUUGGUCAGUCUUGUGGAUCACCAAGAAAGAGAGCACGCCCUAGAAAAGCUUUAUUCCUGUCAGCGCUGUGGCCAAAAGUUCGCUUUGCUCGCUAGUUUGCAUCUACACAUCUGCCCCAGUCCACCUCCCAUGUGCCAGGCGUGCAGGGGGAAACCUAAGUGGGCAUCUCCUUGCACCACCUGUGGGGCUAAACCUCCAAGCCCGUGUCUCUCAGAAGAGCCUUCUGAUCACGACAACAGCCCCUAUGUGUGCGCCCCAUGUGGACGUGCCUUCAUCCACAAGCAGGAGUUGCUGUACCACCAGCAGGCUGGAGGAUGUCAGCCGGUUCCCGUCAGCCCGUCCUCUCCAGCUGCUACACCAAGCCCCUCCUCUUCCUCACCCUCGUCUCCUCCGUGUGCAAGGGUGUCUUCUUCCACGUGCGUUUUGUGUUCCAGAACGUUUCGCUCGGCCGCGGGACUCGGCAGCCACCAGCGACAUGUCCACCCGAAGAAGAAGAAGAAGAAGAAGAGGUCCUCAAGAGUCAUCACCUCAGGCACGAUGUUUCCGUGCCGUUCCUGUGACGAGGUUUUUUCCCAGACGUCAUUACUUCAGCUGCACAGGAAGGAGGAACAUCGACGAGAGAUCGUGGUCAGGAAAACGCAGAGAAACUCCGGGAAGACCACCAGGCAAAGACGGAAAGGCGAGACGUAUCCCUGCCUCCACUGCGGAAAAGUCUUCCUGCACCAUUUGACGCGCUGGGCGCAUUUCAAGCACUUCAGCGCUCACCACCAGACCCACCUCGCCACCAGCAGCAAAUCAACCAAAGUCGGCUUCAACCCAAAAGCAACUAAUGAGUCCGGACCCCUCGAAGGGCGUAAACUUUUAAAAAAAAGAGGCAGGCCGAGGACCAAACCUCUGCCAGUUUCAAAAGAUAGCGAGCAGAAGGUAAAAACAGAUGAUGGAGACACAGAUGAGGAUGAGGAGUUCACUUGUGUGUUGUGUGAAAAUGCUCAAGCUGCGCUGAAAGCUCACGAGGAGGUUCCUGAAACGGCAGACGCGUGUAGGUGCUGCAGUGUGUGCACGGCUGGUAUAACACUCGAUGAGAUACCAGAAAAUUGUGAAAGCAAAGUGUAUCACUGUGUGCCCUGCGCAGAGACCUUCAUAGCUCUGGAGGCUUUUCUGGAGCACUGCCAGAAGCAUCUCAUUCGUGAAAAGGAGGAAGAUGAAGAUCUGCUCAGCGAUUAGUAAACACACUACAGCACAAGUGCUUGAAAAGUACAUUGCGGCUAUAUAUUUUCAUUUAUAUAGGUGAUGUGUUGGGGUGUUUUUUUGUCUUGAGACCCCUAAAUAGCAGCUUUUAAAAUAUGCAUUGUGUCCAAGUGCCAGAUAAAUAAGAUACUUUCAGGUAAUAAUAAAAAUUCGGAAUAGCCAAUUGUGUUUGUUUUGAUACGGGUACUUGGUCUAAACCACUUCUGCUUGCCGCAAAAUCAGGAAAAAUUUUCAAAUAUUUUGCAUGUAUAUAUUUGUUAUAUAGCUGUGAAGAGAUUUUUUUGUCAAAAAAGUUUUUGUAUGGUUGUUGCUAACUGAAACUUAAAACCAGGAAUGAUGUUUAUUUCUAUUUGUCAAGUUGGAUAACAUACCUCUAGAUCUGCACCUGCCUACAGAAAUAUUUUAUUUUAAUGGUUGCAAUAUUUAAUUGUCACAUGAUUGUAGUUUAUGAAAUACAACGAGUGCAAAGUCAACAUCUCAUCACAUUUUGUAGCUGAAAUAUUAUAAAGUCUUAGUUAAUCAAAGGUCUCAACAUCACUGAUAGACUAUUCUGAGAUAUGUUUUGUUUUAUAAGUGUAAAAUGACCGAUACCAGUGUUGUAUAAAUAAAUAUAACCUACAUUUCCUGCUGUAAUACCAAAUAUUUCAGGUAUUAUUCAGAUUUAGUGUCUGGAUUAAUAUCACCUUUUUUGCUGUGGGUUAGGAUGAACUAGAAAACAAUGUUUUUUUUAUAUUUAGACAAUCAUAUCAAAUGUCUGAUCUCCUGAAAUGAUUUAUUUGAAAUUAAAAUGUAUUUGUGUACUACUGAAAAGAAUUAUGUGCUGUUGGAGACUUCACAGUCUUUCACAGAGAACAAAUAGGAAGUAAUUUCUGUUACAGAUUGUACAUGUUUUUAUAUCAUGCAAUAUUAACCUUUACACACAAUAAUGUUACUAAGUUUAUAUGUAAUGCUUCUGUACUAACGUUUUUGUAUAACCAGUACCUAAUAGACUUCAGGUUCCAGUGAUUGUUCAAAAUAUUUUUGCACUACUUUUCUUAAUUUUUUAAUGAAGCUUGUUUUUGAACACUGUACCAAGCCACUUUACGGCUCACGUUUUACAAGACUAAUGCAUAUGUAACAAGUGUAAGAGCUUUUUUACGAUUUUAUUUUAAUAACAGCUUAAAGGCAUAAUGUGUUUAGUUCUCUGCAUUAAUCUCUUUAUUUGCAUCUGGCUACCUCCAUUGAUUGUUAACUGCUUUAUUUCGAGAUGUGGGGUGUUUUGGUGUACGUCAAAAUUAAUUUACCUCAUGUUACUUACACAUUGCAUAUAUAUUGCUUUCGAAUAAAUUCUUAUAAACUUUG